AUGUCUGAAUCAAAGCAAGCUACCUCGGCGGUUCAGCCAUUAUUCACCCGUGUAUUUCAAGAAUUACGAUACCGGAUUUGGAUUGUCUACCGCAGACUAUUCUCUAUAAUUUGGCUUAUAAACAUCGCUAUCCUGGUUGUGAUUCUAGCGAUUCCAGCCAUCGACCGGAAAUGGUUGACAACGAUUGCAUUGAUCAAUUUGACGAUCGCAGUUGUAAUACGGCAAGACUUUGUGGUCAACUUGAUUUACACUGUUUGCUGCUCCGUUCCUCUGUCUUGGCCACUGCCCAUCAGACGCCGAAUGGCUCAAGUGUAUCACCUGGGUGGGAUCCAUUCGGGCUGUGCAACAGCAGCUGUGUGCUGGUUUGCUGGAUCAUUUGCCUACAGUUUGAGGGAAAAAUUGACCGGUUCCCUGCCAUUUGUUCCCUCAAUUGCAACCAUAUGUCUCUCUGCGAUUGCACUUUUCAUGCUUCUUGCAAUGAUUGUGUCUGCACACCCGAAAUUCCGCAAAAUAUAUCACAACUCAUUUGAGGUAGUCCACCGUCUGUUUGGUUGGACUGUACUUGUUCUUGUGUGGACCCAGGUCAUAUUAUCGAUAAAAGACAAGAAGGCUCCUCACACGUCGCUAGGAGAUGCUUCCGUCCGUUCUCCAGAUCUGUGGCUUCUUCUUAUAAUUACUGUCAGCAUCGCCGCUUCUUGGGUAUACCUCAAGCGAGUACCUGUCGACACUGAAAUUCUCUCUCAACAUGCGAUACGGUUGCACUUUCAAUACACAAAUGCCGUCCGAGGAGGCUUUCUCAGGGUCUCCGAGCGGCCAUUGCUAGAGUGGCAUUCUUUCGCGACGAUACCAGCUGCAACUAGCAAAGAACAGCAUACCAAAGGCUGUUCGGUCAUAGUGUCUCGGGCAGGUGACUGGACUAGUCGUCAAAUUAGCAAGCCUCCGACUAAAUUAUGGGUUCGAGGUGUUCCAACUAUGGGCGUUAUGCGAGUUGCUUCGCUGUUUCGAAGCGUGGUUCUCAUUGGAACGGGGUCGGGCAUUGGUCCGCUGUUAGGACACAUACCCUCCAAUCAACUGCGGUUGAUUUGGUCGACCCCGACCCCGAAAGAAACAUUCGGCCAGGGUAUUAUGGACUCUGUCUAUGAAGCAGAUCCUAAUGCUUUAGUAUGGGACACGAGAGAAAAAGGUCGUCCUGACUUGGUCCAGCUUGCUUGUGAUGUGUUGAAAGAGAUAGAAGCGGAAGCUGUGGUGAUUAUCUCAAAUGAGACCGUGACCCGUUUAGUCGUUGGGGAGCUAGAAAGGAAGGGCAUCCCUGCGUUUGGGGCUAUUUGGGACAGUUGA